UUCUUUUUUUUUUUUUUUUUUUUUCCGUCCUUCUUUGUCUGUAGUUUUGCAAGGAAUUAUAUCAACGCAGUAUAUAUAAUUCUGCUCAAUUGAUCCUUCCGGUAUAUCCAGCUUCAAUUCAUCCAAUGUUCCUUCAACGUGGCUCAAGGCAGUUGCUUCGGCAGCUACCAAAGGGCGUAAUCGCUAUCCCAGCCUCACCCACAGCAACAACUACGGUGAGCGCUAGGUCGCGGCAACAGCCAACGCAGCAACGCCAACAACAGAGGCAUUGUCGUGCGACGAGGAGCUUUCAUUCUACCAGGAGACUUUUAGAUGUUAAACCCGUUCUGUUGGCCGACAUUGGCGAAGGCAUAGUCGAGUGCGAAAUCAUUCAAUGGUUCGUCGAGCCCGGUGCACGCGUGGAGGAGUUCUCGCCUCUGUGUGAGGUGCAGAGCGACAAGGCGUCGGUGGAAAUUACGAGUCGCUUCAGCGGUGUGGUCAAGAAGCUUUACUACGAUGCGGGAGAGAUGGCCAAGGUCGGCAAGCCCUUUGUCGACAUUGACAUAGCAGGGGACCCGGAGGCCGAGCCCAUAAAGGUCUUGGCGGGCGACCUGAGUCCCGCCAAGCCGGCGGAGGAAAGCACUACGCAAAAAGUUGUCGACACGGCGCCCGAUAUGAUUGGUACUCCGGCUUCUGUCGGCAGCGGUGGCGGAGUGGUGGGGAGGAUAAGGGGCAAGUGUGCUGCGCUUGCAACGCCUGCCGUUAGGCAUCUCAGCAAGGAGCUGAAAGUGGACAUAAACGAAAUUGACGGCACCGGACGGGAUGGUCGUGUGCUCAAGGAGGAUAUAUACAAAUUCGUCCAAGGGAAAAAAUCAGGCAGUGACGUUGCAGCUACCACUCCGGCAACCCCGGCAGCGCCAGCACCACAAGCAGCGAGCAAGGUGCCGCCAACACCGGCACCUUUACCUUCACAGCCCGGCACGCCGCAGACCGAAGAGGUCACGCAACUGUCCCACACCCAGCAGAUGAUGUUUAAGACCAUGACGCGUUCGCUCACCAUUCCACAUUUCCUAUACGCCGACGAGAUCGACUUCACCAGCCUGGUCGAGCUUCGCACUCGGCUUAACAAGGUCCUUGCUGCAGGUAGCACUGGCGGGCCCGGUUCUGCCGAGAUUUCGAAACUCUCUUAUCUUCCAUUCAUUAUCAAGGCUGUGUCCCUCGCGCUUUACCAGUACCCCAUUCUCAACGCGCGUGUCGACAUCCCUACGGACGGCGGCAAGCCAUCUCUAGCAAUGCGCAAACAACAUAACAUUGGCGUGGCUAUGGACACACCCUCGGGCCUGCUGGUUCCCGUUGUCAAGAAUGUAAACGAGCGCAACGUCCUCUCUAUCGCGGCCGAGCUCGUUCGUCUCCAGUCUCUUGCAACUGCCGGCAAGCUUAGCCCGGCUGACAUGUCGGGCGGUACCAUGACUGUGUCCAACAUCGGCAGCAUAGGCGGCACCUACCUUAGCCCCGUGGUCGUCGAGCGAGAGGUGGCCAUCCUAGGAGUCGGCCGCAUGCGCACCGUGCCAGCCUUUGACGAGAACGACAAUGUGGUCAAGAAGCACGUCUGCAACUUUAGCUGGUGCGCGGACCACCGGGUGGUUGACGGCGCCACCUUGGCCCGGGCGGCAAACAUGGUCAGGCAGGUUGUGGAGGAGCCGGACGUUAUGGUCAUGCAUCUGAGAUAAUGAUUAUGACGUAGGAGGUUCAAAAGAGGAUAGAGGUUUAGUUGUCACAUGCAUCCAUAUACUACCUGACAGGUAGUGAUCUGGCUAAUGUAUAUAAACGAGGCAGGCGAAGCAUGAAAAACUUUGGCCAUCAAUCUUGAUUGACUUGUUCGGGCGUCAUUUUGGAGUUCAUUCCGGGCAGAUCAGAUGUAUUACCCCAGUUUGAAUAGCGAGAGACCGUAAAACUUUCAAGCCAC